AUCUUAAUAUUCAAAGUUAAUCAUUAUUUUACAGUUCUAAGUGAUUGACUAUUCUGGUUAUCGACUAUAAUCAUGGUCUAUUUCGUUUGCGGAAAAUGUAUUCUGGAUACAUACGAGAAAUGGAUGAACGGAUCUAUAGUGAGCACUAUUGAUCCCAUUCCAAGAGGCAUCUGGGAAAUACCAUUUCCUGCCAUUACAUUCUGCAGUGAAAAUCAACUGAGACAUUCGCAAUUCGAUUAUACCAGUCAAUACAAGAACCGAACAACCAACUAUUUCUCUGAUUCUAUGAGGCAGAAAAUGGCUGUGGCAGAUAUUGUAUGCAGAAGUGCUGAAGGCAGUGAUGAUUAUGUUGAUCCCAAUGUAUUCAGCUACAUGGUCAAAGAAAGAUUUCCGAAUAUAAGUGACACCAUAGUUGCAGCAAUUAGAGUGCCAUUCUUGAACAAGUCUCUCAUAAAUUUGUUUGAGACAACAUUGACUAUGACUGGAGUCUGUUUCACAUUCAAUUUGGUGCCUUUGAAGAAUCUGCUUAGCGACGAUUAUGUUAAUGUAUUUCAGAGACUCACACAUAAAGAAAUAGAGGAGGUGGAUGAAUCUGAUGUCUGGAAUCCUGACAAUGGUUAUCCAAGUCGCGGAACUGAUAAAGAUCUAACAGAAAAUGGAUUGCAUCCGAUGAGAAUGUUCGCCGAUGGAAUGGCUGGUACCAUUGCCAUAGUUCUCCAGUUCGAUGAUCAGGAUUAUGAUGAAGAAUGCAACCAAGGAGGCCGUGGUUUCACGUUGGCAGUACACAGUCCGGCAGAGCUGCCAUCAUCGAUCCAAUACAACCAAAUCCACUUGAAGACCGGCCACAUGUCAAGUGUCUACCUGAACGCUGAAGUGGCCUCCAUUGACAAAUACAUCACGGCCUGGCCGCCUGAGAAACGCGGCUGUGUCUUGUCAACAGAACACAAGUUGUACUUCUUCAAAAUAUACACGCAGAAAAACUGCGACAGUGAAUGCAGCGCCUUCACUGCUCUGAAAAUGUGUGGCUGUGUGGCGUUCCACCAACCAAGAAAUACGUCAAUGCCAAUCUGUGGCUCAAACAAAUGGUCCUGCCUCCUAUCGAGUUUCAAAGUGUCACUAGCAUUCAUGAAGGAAUUUGACAAGUUGGUAACUACUUGUUUCUGUCCACCAGCUUGUUCUAGUGUUGAUUACCAAUUCACGUAUGAAACACAUGCUCAUAACGUGUUGGAUAGUCACUCCAUGCAUAGACAUCUCAUCAAAAACGUCUCAGCAACAACAUCUUAUUCUAUCAUCAACCUUGCAUUCAAAGUAAGACAAGUGUACAAUUUCAGAAAAGCUGCUCUAAUGGGUGUCACUGAAUUCAUUGCUGCUGUAGGAGGAAUCAUGGGCUUGUUCUUGGGUUGCAGCUUCUUAAGCUUCUUCGAACUACUAUAUUUCCUGAGUUUGAGAAUAAUUGUGAAUUUAUGGAAUGCAAGAAAAAUUGCCAGAAAUGAUGAGAGACCUCACGAUGAGAAAGUUAUCAGGGACGGAAACACUUUUAACGUCAGGAAUGCUUGGUAGAACCUUUUGUUUCAUUACAAAGGAAUGCUACACUUCGUUUUAAUAAUUUCCCUGCUCACCAUACUCUCAAGUAGGUACUGUAUUAGUCCGGGCGAAAAUGUCACUCCAUGGUCAUUUUUGGGUAACAACCGUGAAAGAUGUCAUGAAAAAUCAAUUAUUUUAUAGCUAUACAGCUUAUUACCUCAUGCCUAUGGAAAAACGCACCAGAAAUCAUGCAAGGUUAUCUUUGGAGGGCGAUGGAGAACACAUUUAUUGACGUACAGUGCAUGAAGGCAGAUCUUUUCAAAGCUGAGUAAACGAUCCAAAUUCCAUAGAUUUAACUUUCCCUUGUAUAAAUUGCACAAAAAAGUUAUAAUAGCAAUAAUUUCGAGAAAAUAGUAAAAAACAACUCUUGUAGGGUUUUGGGAGGUGAUAACUCUGUGAACAGUAUAGACCACGGCCAGUCAUAAACCACAGCCUCCUCUUAUACUGUCCAUCAAAGUGAAUCCUGUCUGUAUGUCGUGUCGGCGAGAUAUCGGUGUGAAAAUUGCUAAUGGCUGUUGGGGUUGGUGUAUCAAAAAUACUAAUAUCAAAAACUACUGUACUCUCCUUCAAGACAUACUGGCAACAGGUCAGCCCGAGUUGAAAGCAGAGAAAGGUGGAGAGAAAAUACUAAGUUGCGUUACUUCCAGUUAUUAAUCGCAUGCGUCAUUGCAUGCAAUUAAUAAUUCACCCGACAGCUGAUCUUUUACUAAGUUACGGUACAUUGAGAUAUUAAUUGCAUGCGUAAUCGCAUGCCAUUAAUCAUUCACACGACAGCUGAUCUUUUACAAAGUUACAGAAGAUAUUCAUUGCAUGCAAUUAAUAAUUCACCCAACAGCUGUUCUUUUACUAAGUUACAGUACAUUGAGAUAUUAACUGCAUGCAUAAUCGCAUGCCAUUAACCAUUCACACGGCAGCUGAUCUAUUUCAAAGUUACAUUAAGAUAUUAAUUGCAUGCAAUUAAUAAUCCUCUCGGCAGCUGAAUGAAUUAUUCUUUUGUCUG